UAUAUUUGCUCUGGACGUGGAAAGAAAUUUACGAAAUUUAUCGUAAGCGAUGGCUAAUGUAAAAACCGAGAAAAAGACCGUCAUGUACUCCCAACUGCAGCCAUGGAGCACAGUCGGCGUUUUGCCGUGCAUGGAGCAGGUCGCUGGCCCUCCGAUUCCAGCCAGAGUCGGAGAAUUCUAUAAGACCCCAAGACCACAUCCUUGGCGUCCUACUUUGGGAUACGAGAUCGUAGAAGCAGCUCCCUUGCCUGCGCAACCCGUAACGAAUCUGCUGGUGGAUGCUUGUCGCACGUCGCAUGGAUUGGCGACGGAGCCGCUCAAGUUCCCGAACUUGGUGACCGGUUUCGAUCGCAAUCCUUCGCACGCGGCACGUGCCGCGCUUUAUACGCGGUAUACACCAUGUGACUGGGUACAGGACCAAAUCAAGCUCUACAAUGAAGCGAAUGCGAAUAGGAGCUAUUCCGAAAAAUUGCGCAAGAGCACUGCAUGUUGCGUGCGAGAAGCCGACGAAAAGGUACAGGAGGGACAAAUAGAGAGCGGCCGAAAGCUCGGAGAAAGAAUCACGGACAUCACUUUUUGGCGGAACGAAGUGGCGUCGGAAUUGGAGAGAUUAAUCGUAGAAAACGGUAAAAUGCAGGAGUGUCGUCGCGGCUUGCAAGUUGCGAUUCAAAAUCACGAGGGACAAUUACAUAUCGCGCAAGAAUGUCUUUAUCAUCGGGAGUCGAGAAAAGGUAUUGAUUUGGUUCACGAUGAGGUCGAGAGAGCUUUGCUGGAAGAAGUCGAAACGGUGAGAAAUUGUGAGAAGAAAUUGGAACAGUUCGUGGAUAAAUGUGCCAAUCAGUUAACAAACGGUAGAGCUGCCCAACAUCAGCUGCAGAUUGAUGUGCAGAACAAAGAAACAGCGCUAGGAAUCGACAGCGUGUGUCACCAGAUGAACAAUUUUAGUCGAGGCCUGCAAUAUUACGGUGGCAUAGAAAGAUAUAAUCCUAGUGUUAUCGGAACUGAAUCUUGGGCGGAAGCGGCAAACAGUAUAGUGAAGAAAUCACAGACAGAGCGAGCAAAGUCGCGCAAAUUACGGAAUGACGUUAACAGUGCCAUAAACGCGGUAGGCGAGAUAUGCGAAGCUUGGACUGAAACCAAUAAAGCGCUGGACAGACGAAUCAACGAAAUGUUGGAAGCGAAGGAAAAACUACAAACGCAUUUAUAUAAGAUUCAAGAAGAGAUUUUCGACAUCGAGAAAAGCAUGGUAUUAAUGCAAAAAACUAUCGCUGAUAAAAGUUCGGCAUUGAAAGUUGCGCACACGCGGCUGGAAGCCAGGACGCAUCGUCCAGAAAGUGAACUGUGCAAAGAUCACGCCCAACUCAGGGUGAUCAAAGAAGUGGAAGAUAUUAAUAAAAUAGUAUAUGAUAUGAAUAUGAAACUGCAACAGUAUGAGGCGCAACAUCAGCAACUCUUACGUACGAGAUCUAAUUUGGAAAGUAAUUUGCAGUCUAAAGUAGAUGCAUUAUUCAUUGAUAGAGAGAAAUGUAUGGGACUCAGAAGGAGCUGCCCAAUUUCGUCGACUGUGAAAUACUGAGUGUAUACAUAAAAUCUUUACAAAUUU